CUCUUCACCAAUGAUUUGAUAACAGUUGAAUUGACGAUCGUUUUCAAACCAGUUAACCAGUUCCGUUUCAAUUAGCAAGUCCAUUCGAAAUGAAUAUCGCGAGGAAAAUUUCAAUAUUUUGUGUAGUGUUUUGCGUAGCACUAAGUUCUGCUGACAUAACUCCUCAAUCUCCUUCGUUAAGAGGAUGCUUCAUUCCACUUUUAAAAUCUAUGGGAAAAUUAAGUGCCGACUUUGAACCAAAUCUACCGUCACAAAAUCCAUUUAUUUGUCACUCCAUAACCGGAAUGGGAACUAUCUUGGUUAAGUCAUUAUAUCUUGGCGAGAUAAAGGCAAUCCUUCCGAAUGAGGCCGACUGCUUAACUGAGAAAUUCGACCAACAUGGAGCUAUUUUUGAUAUAAUAAAACUUCGUAUACUUGAUGAAACCGAUACACUAGAUGAAACGGAAAAGCAAAGACAAUUGGAGGAAGCUAGAACAGAUUUAACAAAUAUCUUUGAUAAAAUUGUAGCCGAUUGCCCAACAGAUAGGCAAAAAUUCAACAACAUUUUCCACAUUCCACUGGCCAUCAAAAAUGAGACUUUAGAAGCCCAUCAAGCCAAGUAUUGUCUGGCAAAGUACACAAUUGACAAUAAACUUUUGGAAUUUGAUAAUGCAGAAGUGUGGAAUCCGCACAACGUUAAUCCGGAAGGGGUUGAUUGUGAUGGAAUUGUUGCCAAUGAAAAAAUUAUUUCUGAACGGGAAGUGAGAAGUGUAUUAGCUGCCAUGCCUAACGUUGAUAAACAUAUGGAUUGCAUUAUGGGUUUAUACAGAACUGACAACAUGUUCGACAGCCAACAUCAUAUCCCACAUGUGUUCAGAAAGAUAAAUCAGCAAAUUAAAGGAAGAUUUUUUUUAACUGUCUGUCCACCAUCCAUUCAUUUCAAUAAAAAAAAAUUGUAAUGCAAAACAUUAUCAUGAAAUAAACAGGCCUGCACCACCCG